AUGAGCAAAAUAGAAAAAUCUUUAUCUAAGCGUUCGAAGAUUAAACGUAAAGAUAAACUUGAAAUUCAAUCUCAACAUGAUGAAUUAAUAAUACCUAAUUGGACAUAUUCAACUGAUCUAGGCGUUAUUUAUAAUCCAAUUCGUCAGAAACGUGUAAAAGUAAUUAAAAAGAAUACGAGAAAAAAGAAAAAAGAAACUGAUUCAAUUGUUAAACUUGAUCAUUCUACGCCAAAUCAAACGAAAGUAUUCGAUUCGAAUGUUUCAACAGCUAUCAUACCUGUUACAUCUAACAUUCUUUCUUGUACUUAUCAACAGCAGCCUAUUCAUAAGAAUGUAGUACCUUUGAUCUCGAAAAAUAAAACUUUAUUGCCUUGUUAUCGAAAUCAAAAUCGUUUUUCAUCUUUAAAUUAUUACCGAUGUGGAAAUGUCUUCAAUAAAAACAUCUCUGACAAACAACAAUAUUCACAGACAAUAUUCAUUUGUAAAGCACAUUCGUUAUCGUGGCCAGAAUCUUAUACACUUCAAGUCGAACAUGAAACACCUUAUAGGAUAAUAUAA